GGAAAGAAUGACUGGUCUCUUCACGGUCUCUGAUCCGGAACUCAAUGUCCUGGUACCCCGGAAGAAGUGGCUUUAGCUCUAGGAGCGAGUUCUUUGUACGGAAGAAAAGGCGAGGGAAUCGAGGGAAGGUCCUGUAGAUGCUCUACAGAUCCUUCAUUAUGGAAUAUUUAACUAAUCCCGGUGCACUGAGUUUGGCUGCUGGUGUUGCAUGCGGAAUGUGCCUGGGCUGGAGCCUACGCGUACGCUUUGGGAUGAUUCCCAAAACUUCUGUGAUUGAGAAAGACAAAGAAACUGGACCAGAAGCAAGCAUCUUAGGAGAGAGUGGGGAGUACAAAAUGAUUCUUGUGGUUCGAAAUGACCUGAAGAUGGGGAAAGGGAAAGUGGCUGCCCAGUGCUCUCAUGCUGCUGUUUCUGCCUACAAGCAAAUUCAAAGAAGAAACCCUGAUUUGCUCAAACAGUGGGAAUAUUGUGGCCAGCCCAAAGUUGUGGUCAAAGCCCCUGAUGAAGAAACUCUGGUUGAAUUACUGACCCAUGCAAAAAUGUUGGGACUAACUGUAAGUUUAAUCCAAGAUGCAGGACGUACUCAGAUUGCUCCAGGCUCUCGGACUGUCCUAGGAAUUGGGCCUGGACCAGCAGACCUAAUUGACAAAGUUACUGGUCACCUAAAACUUUACUAGGUGGAUUUGUGUAUGAUGAUGGACCUACUAUCACAAGUGUUUUAAACUGUCUAAAUCUCACAAUAAAAGCUGUAUAUCUUA